GUGAUAACUUGUGAAGGCACGGAAAGAUAUUCAAGACGAGCGUGGCGGGGAGAGCGGUGGUGAUGUCGGUCGACCCGGAUUUCAACCACUACAUACUCCAGCAAGAAGGCAAGCUUGUGGAGCUGUGGUACAUGGAUUCUUUGGCCGAGUUCAUCGGCCAACAGGGCCCGCUGAAGGAAGUGGCCACCGCCGGCAACCUGCACAAGAACUUCAAGAAGCUGAUUCAUGAACACAUUGGCAUCGAGAGCUUGAAGGGAGACCUAUUGGGCCUCAUGGAUCAAGUCGUGAAUUGGACUCUGGAAUCGUGGGCGGCUUCGCCCACGGGAAGCGUGGAAGUCAAAUCUGCCGUCUCCAAGGUAUAACUAUAUAGCUAUAUAUUUAAUGCUUUUACAUGAAUGAAAUUUUAAAUAGGUGCUAGACUUGACCUUUCAAUUAUUGUACUUACUCAUUCUAUUAUCAUUUUUUCCCCAUAUUUAUGAAGUAUUUUUUUUUGUUUUAUCAUAAAAAAUUAUUUUGAGUGUGUUUAUUUUGUUCAAAUAAUAUGUGGAAAUGAUUCGACUCACCCCUACCAUUACCCGCACGGGUAUUACCAGAUUUGGCUUAUGCUUGUUGCAGAACGGAGAUGGGUAUUGAGAUACCCGCUCCACCCGUUUGCCCAUCCUCACUCUACAUCAUUACACAUGAAAAUAGAGUUACUUGAAUUUCAUUUUUUGCACAAGUUGUGACAUGUAAGCUUUUACAUGAAUGAAAUUUUAAAUAGGUGCUAGACUUGACCUUUCAGUUAUUAUACUUACUCGUUCUAUUAUCAUUUUUUCCCCAUAUUUAUGAAGUAUUUUUUUAUCAUAAAAAAUUAUUUUUGUGUGUUUAUUUUGCUCAAAUAAUAUGUGAGAAUGGUUCGACUCACCCCGACCUUUACCCUCACGGGUAUAACCCGAUUUGGCUUGUGCUUGCUGCAGAACGGGGAUGGGUAUUGAGAUACCCGCUCCACCCGUUUGCCCAUCCUCACUCUACAUCAUUACACAUGGAAAUAGAGUUGCUUAGAAUUUCAUUUUUUUGCACAAGUUGUGACAUGUAAGUUUUCUGUUUAUCAGAUCCCCAUUAUGAAUAAUCAACUUUUUUCCCCCUCACAUUUCCAAUCUAAUCUACCACUUAAAAAGAACCUAAAAACAAAAUUUUCACACGGUAACUCCAUAAAACCUAAUCAAUGAG